AUGAACAGGGAAGAGGCAAAUGGAAUCUGGACGACGUCUGCCUCUGAUUCGGCAGCAGGCAUUCACCCUGUUCCUCAGGAUACAAACAACCUGGGCCAGUACACCAGGAAUGCCCUGCUCAUAAGUGACUACGGACGAACACGGCCGACCCUGUGGCAGAACAUGCCCCAGCUUGACAACGAGGGGGCCGUUAUAGCCUGGUACAAUGCAACAUUUUUAUGGGCACCGACGCCCCAGCCUCGAGGCGUGAUCGAAGCCAACAUUGCGACUCUGAAUAUGAUCGAUCCCAUUCAGAUCUUGAUCAAUCAAAACAUACUGCAUGCCCUCGCUAUCCUCCACGGCACUGGCCGCUGUAACCCUGCAGGGUAUGGGAUCAGUGCGCGCACCUACUUCUCCAUGGCAUGGAAUCGCCGCCGCAACCCCAAGCUGCGGAUCAUGCACUACAUCUGCCGCGAGUGCCGAAAGAACCGGGUCUUUGCACUGGAGAGACCGAAAUGCCCUGGUCUUGUCGCUGGCGCAUCGAACAAAACACAUCUCGACUUCAUCAUCCGCCGCGAUCACUCGGCCUUUUCGCAGAUCGACACUGAUCGCGCUUAG